CCCCCUUACGUUCGCUUUAAGAUGGGACGUAAUCAUCUUUUUCUAGAAUCCCUGACACUCCAGAGCACCCACUAGACACCUAAAGGGCAAUGACGGCAACUUUACCCACGUGUACGCCCAUUGCUUAAAUCAUAUCUUAAAGUCAGCUGUAGCGUUAACGAUGUCUCGCCUUUCAGGAAAAACUACAACUUUCAAUUUCUCUCUUUUUUUCUUUUUUUCAUCCUCGCAAUUGCCGCAGUUCUUAUGCGCAGAACGCAUAUUAUCGAGUCGAUAUCUCAACGCCGUGCUAAAAAUUUUGGCAUCGCACAAAACCAACCACGAAAACGAUAGGCCUUAUCAAUUUCGUUACCUCUCGAACUCCAAGCCCCCUCUCCCCCUCUGACAUUGUCGAUGUAUUAAAAGGUAUUGUUACCUAUCCGUCUUAUGAUUGGCUGAAGAUUCGGCUACGCACAACGGGUGUGUAAAAAGUAGCUGGCGCUUGAGUGACCGUCACAGACACCUGUCCCGACGAGAGACGGUGGCCACGUCGGCACCGAGGCGAUCUCUUGGACAGCUGUGCCUGGAACGUUGAUUCCCCAUGGAGGGCGAGUUCGUUUCUGCCGAGCUGCUUCGUCUGAACUGCACGCGAGGCCAGAAUCGCGUCUGUCAACUGCUGCGACACCUGACAGCCUGCAACAAAGUCUUGUGGCACGUCGGCCUUCAGCUCAGCGAAGACACGAAAGACGAGCUCGGAGAAGUGAGCGUCGCGACUGUGCCGAGCAUUCGCCGCCGAUUUCAGAGCCACACCGAGCAGGCGGCCAUCGCCCUCCUCUGCCGCCUGAUCGCAGAGCACCGGUGCAUUGUCUCUGCGGAGCUGAACUACUCAGUGGCAAACGCAGAUCCGCUCGACGCAGUCCUGGCGUCUUCGUCGAGUCUGAGAAGGAUCAGAGUCAUCGGAAUCGUGAACGACCACCCGGAAGACCCAUUGUCCCACUUGCAUUACACUGACGAAUUCAUCUUCCGCCCGGCCUGCGGACAUUCUUAUGCAAGAAUGACGAUCCCGAAUCGCCUGCUCACGCGAGACGAUGCCAAGGUCACGUCGUUGGACGUGGCUGCAACGAGAAUGAACCGAGUCUCGGCUGAGAAGCUCAUCGACGCGCUUAUAGAGAACUGCACGAUCACUGAACUCGUCGUUGGAGCCUCUGUCUUUACGUGCGGCCCUAGGAACCGACCGUCAGAGCGGUUUGCGCAGUAUCUGACCAAGGAAGAUGCGACGCUUCUUAAGCUUACUCUGAGAGCGGUCUACUUCGAUACCGCACCCGGGUGCGAGAUUCUCGUGCACGCCAUCUGCGCAAUGACGACGCUGCAAGAGUUGGCGGUGCAGUUUCACGCCGGCAGCCGAGACUACGAGCUUUUCACGAGAGUGGUCGCCGAGAGCCGCAGCAUCCGCACGUUAAGCCUGCGAUUCACGGGUUUCGGCGAUGGACUGACGAUUCCGUACCCAAUUGCACGCGCGCACGCGGCCAACGUCCACGCUUGGGCCUCGGCGUUGCAGAAAAACCGCGCUCUGGAGGAGCUGCUCCUCGACAUUUCGUGGUCCACAAGCGAAGACUGCUGCGUCUUACUGCGAGCACUUGCGACCAACCGCUCCAUCCAGCAAUUGACCUUGUGCAGUCUUCCCCACGACGGUGGCCUGCGGCAAGUAUGCGGCACGAUACGGCAAUGCGAACUCGCCCACAGGGUUAGCAUCGAGGGCCAUCGCGUGGGACCUCGAGAUCUGUCAGCGCUUUCGGACUUUCGCCAAGUAACCGCCUUCGUUCUCAGUUACGGAUACCUUCCGCACCCGAAUGGCCUUCUAAGCGCCUUCGAUGUCCUGGCUACUUGCAACCACGUCACAUCGCUUACCGUAUUUCUCGAGUUCUUCCACCUCGGCAUUCUUGCGUCAUUGUCCGCUUACAUAAGAAGUGUGUCCGCGUUGAGAUCAAUUGAGCUCAGUGCCCAGGUCGACCAAUUUCAAGCCGACUACUUUCACGCCCACAUUCGCGACGAGUCUCCCCUCGUUCGCUCAAUGUUUGCCUUGUGCGAAGCCUUGUCUUCGAACCUCGGUCUCACCAAGAUCCUGAUGGAGUUGACGGUGCAGUUGCGCGAUGACGUCUACCCGGUGCUCGCCCGUGCCGCCACGAAUCCCCGUCUUCACGAGCUCUGCCUGAGAGGUUUCAACGAAAACUCCUGCGCGACCUUCCUGGGUUGUCUAAUGCCAGGAAUGGCCCAGAAGUACAACCUGCUUCGCCUCGAAAUCGACGACUGCGCACCUGCUGACGCCGAGAUGUUCGCUGCCCAAGACAUCGUGCGACGUAACUGCAGUCUCGUCGAACGAGCGACCAGAUUCGUGUUGGGCGACCACGACCCCUACUGCGCGCGGGCCUUCGAGAUCCUCUCCGACCACCCGGUACUCGUCGACAGUGUUCGAGCCAGGGCGCCGCUACGAGGAGAGGCCGAAGCUGCGGCCAUGGUCAGUGGCGUCCAGCAGUGUCUGGCCCAUAGCGACGUCCACAAGUACAUGCGCGUGACCGGCGUGGUCAAGCAACGCGUCGAGUGCAAUGCACGGCACGACGGCGGCAUGCAGUUGGGCCAAUUGAACUACGACAGCUGGAUUCACAUUCGCCGGUACCUGAAGGUAGCCGACGUAUUGGAACCCUGAAGGGAGUUCGCCAAGUCAUUCUUUGUGUAGCACCUUCGCCGAACGAUCGACUUGGAGUAUGCUGCCCGAUGACCCCAAUUCUGGCGUUCAUGGAGCCUUCCCAGAGCCCCAGAACGAGCGGUCGACAUACUAUUGUGCUUUAAUUAUGCCUCGAAUGGUUACACUUCCUGAUGCAGUGUGGCGUGCCCUCACUAGAGUGACUUGCAUAUCAAUCGGCACUCGCUCCCAUGUUGAUUAGUAUCAUAGGCGACAAAUGUGACCGGAGAGGAGUUUCAGGCAAAGUGAUUUCGGGACGUGGACAGCACGCGGCGAUUGUUUGUUUGAGCCAUCCCGUUUCAUUUUUCGGUAUCCAUUAUCAUGAUAGCCUUUUUAUUCCUCUCAUUUUACUCCUUUCUUAGGCCGCCAACUCGGAGGACGUGGCUUGUCACCCCGGGUCGUCUUUUACCAUUUCUUCUUAAAGCUUAUUUUCAAUCGCUCAUUGCGAGAAGUAGAGAGACAGGAGCAUUAUUUCCGCCCUUUGGUAUAACUUCACUGCUUAUAUACGUCCCCGAUGCAAGCUGAUAAACACAGCUGCUUUUAAUAUCUUAUCAUUCAUUUUCAUCUGCCACCUCAGCGGCCCCCGGGCAAAGCGAUAUGUCAAGCUGCAACUACUGACGCAUGGCGAGAACAAACCUAUAGAUGUUUUAAUAAAGCUUGUUCUUUUUUAACAUCAAUCAUUUGCAUGGGCUUCUGACUGCUUGCUCCAUUGGACUCCUGAUUGGCAGUUUGCCGUCGUCUUCUGUUGAAAAAAACGUUGCAUCGGUUUCCUAAAUGUAAAAUCCCGACGUUGCUGCGAAGCAAUGGCCCCGAAUCAGUCGCAACUUGGCCUGUGCUCAUUUGAAUCGGGCACGUUUUCUUCGCAAGAGUAGUGGAACGCAUCACACCGCGCAGGUUUGUAUCGGCGUACGUGCACAUGGAAUGCCGUGGCGUAGGUAGGCGUAGGUAGUAGGAUUUGGACAUUACUUGACAAUUGACUCGUAUUUCUUGUUGACCAUUGCCAUAAAAUAGAAGAACGAAAAUAGACAAGUGGAUAAGCAAACACGAAAGCUUUGACAGCUGCUCAUCAGGCGUGCGUGCAGCGCCUGAUGAGCAGGCGUGCGUGCGACUAGUGCUGAUGCCGUCACUAGUGACGACAAAGCAACGAUGCUUCGGACGAGCCCCGAUUUAUAGUCGCGACAAUCUUUAUGCUGCUUUUCCCCCCUGAGUUCUAACCAUGUUCAAUAAAACCAU